AUGACGUACAAGGAGGAUCCUAUCGAAGCUCCCCGGCCACAGCGCAUCCCCUACUGGCGUCUCCUGAUCGAUCAAGGCGCCGUCACGCCGGAGGUCGUCGAACAUGCGUACGCUGGCGCAGGCACCGAAGAAAACCCCUACAUCGUCGAAUGGAUCCCCAACGACCCUCGCAAUCCCAUGAACCUGCCCAAGAGCCUGAAGUGGGCCUUCACAGUCACCGUCGCCUUUGCGACCUUUGGCGUCUCCAUGGCCUCGUCUGCCUACGCAGGAGGCAUUGCAGAGAUCGUCAAGUCGUUCCAUAUCAGCGAGGAGGUCGCAACCCUGGGCGUGUCGCUGUUCGUGUUGGGGUUUGCAGUCGGGCCGUUGUUGUGGGCGCCGCUGAGUGAACUGAUCGGUCGUCAGCUGGUGUUCUUCAUCUCGUAUUUUGGUUUGGCGGCGUUUUGUGCUGGUGCAGCUGGAUCGCAGAAUCCGUGGACGCUGAUUAUCCUGCGGUUCUUUGCUGGAUCGUUUGGAAGCUCGCCUUUGACGAAUGCGGGUGGAGUUAUCGCGGACAUCUUCCCGGCGGAAGAACGUGGACUGGCCACAAGUCUGUUUGCUGGAGCACCGUUCCUAGGUCCUACCCUCGGCCCCGUGAUCGGAGGCUUCCUAGGCGAAAGCGCAGGCUGGGUCUGGGUGCAAGGCUUCCUCGCCACCUUCACCGGCCUGAUCUGGAUCGUGGAGUCGCUCCUCGUCCCCGAGACCUACGCCCCGCUGCUUCUGCGUAAACGCGCAGACCGACUGAGCAAACUCACCGGCAAAGUCUACCGCAGCAAGUUGGACAUCGAGCGCGGCCGCGUAUCCGUCGCCAACGCGUUCGGCGCGGCGCUGCUGCGGCCGUGGAUUCUCCUCUUCGCCGAGCCGAUCGUGCUCCUUCUCUCGCUGUACAUGGCCAUCAUCUACGGCACGCUGUACAUGCUUUUCGACGCCUUCCCGAUCGUCUUCCAGGAGAUCCGCGGCUGGAGCGAAGGCAUCGGCAGCCUGCCGUUCCUCGGCGUGAUGACCGGCAUGAUGCUCGCCGUCGGCUGCAACAUGUACGACAACAAACGCUACGUGCGCAUCCACGAGAAACACCGCGGCUUCGCGCCGCCCGAGGCCCGCCUGCCCCCGACCAUGGUCGGCGCCGUCGCCAUCCCCGUCGGUCUGUUCUGGUUCGCCUGGACGAACGGGCCGAACGUGCACUGGAUCGUGAGCAUUAUCGCCGCAGCACCGUUUGGUUUCGGCAUGGUGCUUGUCUUCCUCAACAUCAUGACGUAUCUCAUCGAUGCGUAUACGAUCUACGCGGCGAGCGUGCUGGCCGCGAAUAGUAUUAUUCGCUCGUGCUUUGGCGCCGGCUUCCCGCUCUUCACGACAUACAUGUACCAUAACCUGGGUAUUCACUGGGCAUCGUGCAUCCCGGCUUUCCUGGCGUUGGCGUGUCUGCCGUUCCCGUUCUUUUUCUACAAGUACGGCGCGGCGGUGCGCCGGAAGUGCAAGUAUGCCGCCGAGGCGGACGACUUUAUGCGUAAGCUGGCGCACAAGGCGCUCAACACGGAGGAGGCAGACGAGAAGCGGGAUGAGGUGGUGGAGGCGAGUGCAGAGGGCGCGACGGAGGCGGAUCUCGAACGGGCCGAGAAAACCCAUAUGAUAUCGACCGGGUGA